AUGGACACCGAGCUGGAACGGUCCCCGCUUUCCAGACCAACAUUAAAGUUGACACCGCUCCAGGAUUCUUUUGCGCCGGUUUCCAUUGCCUUCAACGACUCUCCUGGUCUUGCGGUCCGGUACGGCCGUUGGGCCACCGAGUGGUUCCCAACCUGCAGUUGCGACGCGUGCGAUGAAAUGCCGGACGAAGAAUUCGAGAGGUUUACAGAGUUAUUGAGUGAUGUCGUGGCCGGGCGUUUUCGAGAAGCCCUGAGCGGAGGCGACGGAUGGUCCAGAAAUGAAUUCUGGUCUGCUGAUCACCGCAUAGGCGGAGGAGGGUCGCGGGUGCCACGCGAGGAAGCGGCUCAAAUUUUGAACGGAAGCGAGGAAGUUGUUCUGGAGUGGAUGCCUUGGCCGCCAAGGCCGGGCAGAGGGGAAACCUGA